UCCACCGGACACAUGUGGUAGAUAUCAGCCAAGUUCAGUCUUCGCCAAGUCUACGCUGGGGUCAUCCCAGCAACUAAAUCAUCAUAUCCUAGUGUCAGAUGAGAUUCUUGCGAUGAUCAUGCUGUUCGUCGUUCAGCUUGACACACUACCUCCACAGAACAUCCCAUGCCGUCGUCUUGCCGUGGCCUCCUCCUCCUUGCCACGGUGGCGAGCCUCUCCACCGUCGUAACAUCCAAGGACAGCCAGUUCACGUGGGUGGACUGCCAAUCGCCGGCGUCGCCUUCUCCAUCUCCCUCAUCACCGUCCUCCUCCUCCUCCACCACCACCAACAGCACCUACUGGUCCAACGUCGACGCGCUACUGGACGCGCUCCCGUCGGCCGCGGCGCCCACGGGGUUCGCGUCCCUGUCCCGCGGCGACGGCACCGACGGCGCCUUCGUCCGGGGACUCUGCCGCGGCGACUCCACGCCGUCCCGCUGCGCCACGUACCUCCGGGACGCCGCGCGGAGCAUCCGGAGCCGCUGCAACGACAGCAGCCGCCGCGCCGCCAUCUGGUACGACGACGGCUCCGGCGUGACGAUCCCAGCGCCGAUGUUCUGCUUCGUCAGCUUCGCGGACACCAACGCGUCCACCGCCUACGAGGACGCGUUCCGGCAGCCGUUCCAGAACGCCGUCGUCGUCUCCGACAAGGACGGCUUCGAGAUAAGCUACAACGCGCUCAUGAGCCACCUCGCCGCGCGCGUCGUCAACGGUUCGGACGACACGGCGUCGGCGUCGCCGGCGCCGAUGUUCGCGACGGGGGCGGCCGUGUAUGACGCCACUGGCCCCAACGGCACCAUGUACGGGCUGCUGCAGGCCAUGAGGGAUCGGACGCCGGCGGAGAGCCACAAGUGCUUGCAGGACUCGGUGCAGCAGCUGCCGAGCUGCUGCUCCGGUCACCGGGGCGGGGUGGUGCUCGGCUACAACUGCUACCUGCGCAUGGAGGUGUACCCGUACUAUAAUCUGGCCCUCAACGGGCCGCCGAUUGUAGCGCCGGCCGCUCUCGUCGGACAACGGCAAGGAAUUAAGGGGGUUUAUGUGAUUCUCGCCGUCGCCUUCUCUGUUGGAACGGUCCUCACCGCAGUCAUCAUCGCUGGUGUUUUCUUCUAUAGGCGAAAGGUCAACCGGAUGAAAACACCACCAGCUUUUUUUCUGAAAAGCAAUAGUAGUAGCAAAGAAGAAGACAUCGGAUAUGUUGAGCCCGAGCAACUUAAUCUCGUGGUGUUAAGAGCUGCAACAAACAAUUUCUCCGAAGAAAACAAACUUGGAAGGGGAGGUUUUGGAGAAGUAUUCAAGGGUACAUUACAGGACGGGACAGAGAUAGCUGUGAAGAGGCUUUCACAGAACUCCUCACAGGGGUUCCAAGAGCUUAAGAAUGAGCUCGUGCUAGCUGCCAAGCUUAAGCACAGGAACCUGGUGCAGCUCCUGGGGGUCUCCCUGCAUGAAGAGAAGCUGGUCAUCUACGAGUACAUGCCCAAUAGAAGCCUAGAUAUCUUCCUUUCCGAUCCAGUGAGACGGCAGCAGCUGGAUUGGAACAAGAGGUUUGCCAUCAUCUGCGGUAUUGCACGGGGACUUCUCUAUCUCCACGAGGAGUCCCGCUUGAAGGUCAUCCACAGGGAUAUAAAGCCGAGCAAUAUAUUGCUUGAUGCGGAAAUGAACCCCAAAAUUUCAGAUUUCGGCAUUGCCAGGGCUUUCAGCAAUGACCAGUCUAGAGAUAUAACAAGACGGCCUGUUGGAACCCUCGGGUACAUGUCCCCGGAGUAUGCCUACUGGGGGCACGUUUCGACCAAAUCGGACAUAUUCAGCUUUGGUGUGAUAGUCCUUGAGAUGGUGACCGGGCAAAGGAACAACAGCGCAUAUAGCGACACUUCAGACUCCAUAUCUGUGCUGAGCCAUGUUUGGGACAGUUGGAGGGCUGGUUCGAUGGUGGAUGUGGUGGACCCAUCGCUGGCCGUGUCGCGGUACCCGGAAAGUGAGGUCUUCAACUGCAUAGAGAUUGGGCUCCUAUGCGUUCAGGAGAACCCGGUGGAUCGGCCGGACGCCUCUGCGGUGAUGCUUAUGCUCAGCAGUCCGACGACAAUGUGCAACGACAGGCGAGCCCCGUCUAGGCCAGCCUUCGUCUUCAGCUCUGGCUUCACUGAGUCAGAUGAUCGCCCAUCAAGAUCCGGUGCCAGGAACUCUGAUGGUGUGCUGCAGUCAUCGACAACCAUGGUUUCAGAGAAUGAGAUAUCUAUCUCGGAGAUUCAACCAAGGUAGUAUGGAUAUCUGUAGCACUGAGUGCGGAGCACAACAAGCUGCUAGCUGUGAUUCAGCCUAUGAUUGAUCCAUCGGUCUUAAACCAUAUAUAGCAUGGUAAAGAUAAAUUCUGAAAACAGAAUUAGGUCUACUGUGAGCUGUCCAUCUCAUUUGAUCCAAGGACCAAGGGCUUAUACUGAUCAUGGUACCCUCUGUUACCUCGUCA